AUGAGUUCCCCUGGCAACCAGGAGUCCCAGCUGGGACAAGAACCGGCGGAUGAUGGUCAACCUCACAGGGGCCCUGCACUACCUAAAGUUCCACCUAGUGGUCAGUCACCAGACUCUGGUGUGUCCAGAGCUGCAUCCAUGAGGAGUGAUGUAUCAAAAGACAAACCCCCUCAUAUGGGAGAAGAGCAAAGAGUUCCACCUAGUGGUCGGUCAUUAGACUCUGGUGUGUCCAGUGCUCCAUCCAUGAAGAGUGAUGUAUCAAGAGACGAACCCCCUCUCAUGGCAGCACAGGAGAGGGACCCUGCUUUACCUAGAGUUCCACCUAGUGGUCGCUCUCUAGACUCUGGUGUGUCCAGUACUCCAUCCAUGAGGAGUGAUGUAUCAAAAGGCGAACCACCUCUCAUGGGAGGAGAGGAAAGGGGCCCUGCACUACCUAGAGUUCCACCUAGUGGUCGGUCAUUAGACUCUGGUGUGUCCAGAGCUCCAUCCAUGAGGAGUGAUGUAUCAAGAGACGAACCCCCUCUCAUGGGAGAAAAGGAAAGGGGCCCUGCUUUACCUAGAGUUCCACAGAGGAGUGGUCGGUCACUAGACUCUGGUGUGUCCAGUGCUCCAUCCAUGAGGAGUGAUGUAUCAAAAGGCGAACCUCCUCUCAUGGGAGAAAAGCAAAGAGUUCCACCUAGUGGUCGCUCACUAGACUCUGGUGUGUCCAGUGCUCCAUCCAUGAAGAGUGAUGUAUCAAAAGGCGAACCCCCUCUCAUGGCAGCACAGGAGAGAGUUCCACCUAGUGGUCGCUCACUAGACUCUGGUGUGUCCAGUGCUCCAUCCAUGAAGAGUGAUGUAUCAAAAGGCGAACCCCCUCUCAUGGCAGCACAGGAGAGGUGA